CAGUGAGACCUUGGUUCCUACUUGUAUGGUGGGCCUAAUCUGUUCCACUUUAGAAAAUGGAUUGUAAAUGUGAAAAUUACAUUUUGGACUAAAUUGUACAUUUUAGUUGCAGGCAGGCUUUUCCCCUGAAUUUAUUGCAUGUAGGUGUUCCCAGCUUUGCUUGCACUUUUAAGGAGGAUAAUAUAUGUUUCCUUCUGUGUGUUUUUAUGUGCCUUGAUAACAGCUUUGCCUGCCUGAAGCUAAUCUGCAGGUGCAUUUGGAAGGGGAAGCAGAAUCCCAUACAUUGUCCAUAUGCCUCAGAAUGCUGCUGGGCAAAGAAGAGGUUAUAUUUGAUCUUUUUUGCUCAAGAAACAAUAUUAUACAUUCCGCAUUAUUCUUGUCCAACUUCUUUCUCUGUCGAUUAGGUUGGAUGGCUACAAUAUUUCUUAUCACCUCCAUACCCUUGUGUUAUAAAACAGGAUAGAAGAACUACUGUUCUUCUCUUCUACUCAUUUUAUUGCUAUUUGUAAAAUAUUAGCAGAAUACCCUCCCUAAGUUUUAUCAUCACCUUUACAUAAAUGCAUGUGUAUAGUGGCCUUUAAUUGUGAGGUAUAUCUAAACAGGACAGAAGUUUAACCAUGCUGCCAAUGGUUAUUGUAUUAAAGAACAUAACAGAGGGAAAAAUACCCACACACCUACAUCAGGAAUUCAUGUGAUACUAUGACAUUGCACUUACCACAUGAUACAACUUCCUGUUAUGAUGCAGGUAAGGUUAUUCUUCUCACGUGCCUCAUUGUAGUUGCUAUUCUGGUGACUCGCCUGGGCUCCUAUACAGCCAGUCAGACUGCUUUGUGGCCAGGCAAGUGUUUAUCCUGGAAUCUUUCUCUGGUUCAUUGUUAGUCUGUAAGGAAGAAACUCAGGGAAACUAUAAUUUGUGCCUUUAAUAUUCAAACCGCCUAUGUACUCUUCUCAGAUACAGAAUAAGAGUAAACCAAUAUAUAUACAUAAGAGUAAACCAAUACAUAUUUUUAGGAUAGGAGCAUGUAAUGAUAGGAACAUGUAAUGUGAUUAAACUAUUACAGGGAUUUGGAUCAGCUAAAGUUCAACUGUUUUUGAACCACAGUUCCCAGCGAGGGUGAUUCCCCUGUGCCACACUGAGGCAGAUGCUACCCUCACCCCCCAAGCUAUAAGUGAGCAGGGAGAGACUCAGGCAGGAAGUGAUGUCACACCAAGCUAAUACUGCAGCUGCUAUCCUAAACAAGCAGAGAGCUUCUAGAGCUUUUUACUCAGGUAAACACCCUUUUGUCUCUGACUGCUGGGUUAGAUGUUAGAUUCAGUGCUGGGAGUUUCACAAAGCAACAGGAAUCCAGAGACAUUCACUAGGAAGUCAGGAACCAGAAGCACAUUCCACUAUGUUGGGUUCGGGGUUCAAGGCAGAAAGGCUUCGUGUUAAUCUUAGACUUGCCAUUAAUCGACUCAAGCUGCUGGAGAAGAAAAAAACUGAGAUGGCACAGAAGGCCAGAAAGGAGAUCGCUGACUACUUGUCUUGUCGGAAGGAUGAUCGAGCGCGGAUCAGAGUUGAACAUAUUAUUAGAGAAGAUUACCUUGUCGAGGCCAUGGAAAUCCUGGAACUAUAUUGUGAUUUGUUACUGGCACGUUUUGGUUUAAUCCAGUCUAUGAGGGAACUGGACCCUGGUUUGGCUGAAGCAGUUUCAACUCUGAUCUGGGCUGCACCACGCCUCCAGUCAGAAGUUUCUGAGUUGAAGACAGUGGCCAGUCAAUUAUGCCAUAAAUACAGCAAAGAGUAUGGUAAUCUGUGUCGUACAAAUCAGAUUGGAACAGUCAGUGAUAAGCUAAUGCACAAAUUAAGUGCUGCUGCACCUCCUAGAAUCCUGAUUGAGAAAUACCUGAUUGAGAUUGCAAAGAAUUACAAGGUCCCAUAUGAGCCAGAUGCAGUAAUUAUGGGUGAGGCUCCCACAUUUUCUGAGGUUGAUCCCAGUAUUAUCGGAUUUGUUCACGAUGAUAAGAAGGGAGGUCCUGGCAAUGGAGGAGGGUCUGGAGGAGGAGGCUUCAGAAGUAACAAUCAACUUUACCCAUGUCCAAAUGAUCCUAAAUCCUUUCCUGAUCCUUCUGUAGGGAUAUAUGAGCCUUGUGCUUUUCUACAACCACCACCUACGGGAAAAAUGGUUCCUCAUGUUCCAGACAUACCCCCCUUCUCUAACAUGAUGAACAACAGAGGUGGAGACUCAGGAGCCAGUCCUGCAAUGAACUCUGGUCAAGGAGAAAAUGUGGCAGGAAAGUAUAAUAAUCUGCCCCUUCCUAAACUCCCGUCUGUACCUGUCAGUCCAGCUCACACAAUCCCAACUUCUGACCCAUCACCAUAUGAAGACAUCGAUUUUGAGGAUCUGUCAAAAAGGCUGGAUGACUUGAAAAAGAAGACAUAAAGGACCCGCUGUGAUGUCCAGUUAUAGAGCAGACACUCUCUUUGUAAAUAUUUAAGCCUGGAACAUUCUUUUGCACUCACUUGGAAAGUCAUAGCUUUUGUUUUGUAUAUAAACUGUAUGUUCAGUGUACAAACCAAUUUCUUGUACCACACUGUAUUAUAUGGUGAUUCUUUAGAAAUAUGUGAUAAUAAUAAUAAUAAUAAUAAGCUCCCUUUUACAUAAUACCUAAUAUGGUAAGUGUGUUAAAACCCAAACUCCAAAUUUACACAGAGAGAGACAUGAGGCAUUUCUAGAAAAAAAAACACAAUUUACUUUCGGUCUGAAGACUGUUAAUGCAGUAACAUGACUGCAGUCAUUUUCUGUGAUGCAAAGUGUAUAGAUUUUUUUAGAUAAUGUUAACAUCAUCAACAAAAUCACAAAGCAAUUAUUUAUAUAAACCUACUCAAAUAGAAGUCAACUCAAAUAUAUUGAUAAAGCAAAUGUAAUUAUAAUCAGCUUUUUUAUGCAUAAUUUGUUAAUAUAUUUAGAAGGUUCAGAGAUACAAUCAGAUAAUGUAUACAGGGUCGGACUGGGCCUGCACCGCUGAUCGGCUGCCCCCUAAAGAAAAGAAGUUGUGACUUGGCAUGACCGUGUGCACGCAUGCAUGUGGCAAUUGUGGAAGUCGGGAAGCGUCCCCCCGGUUACUGCCAGGAGGAUCCUAGUGUCGUAGCCCUGGUGGGCCCCCAAAGCUCCAGCCCGACCGUGAAUGUAUAUCAGCGCAUCUUUUAUAUUUAUCAUUACUGCACUGUCAUUUACAAAAUCAUAUGUGUUAUAUAAAAUAAUAAUAUACUCUA